GCGGCGGGUUGUGGAUACAGCUGCUGGUCUCGGGCUCACUGAUACAUACCAAAGUAUCAAUGAGAAUGUUUCGGAUAUGGCCCUCAAGGCGAAGAACCGCCUCCCACAGCUGGCCAAAAAGCCAAAGACAGUUCUUGUUUAUGAUAACUUCAACUUCAAAGAUACUGUGCGCGAACAGACAAUUGGUUCAACUCAUAUCAUGCGGAAUCUGACAACAUGCCUGUUGGUUGAGAACCCAUAUUUGCCUGAUGAAGGUUUAUCCCAAUCAAGUUUCGAUCCCACCCAACUUCUCUCCUUCAAAGAUAUCUGUAAAGCCGAUGGUUUAAAGCAUGAUAAAAAACAGCAGAGUAUGGACAUUCACUUAGUCUACGAGGCCCUGCAACACGUUCAUUCUACAAGCAUUGACCUGGUUUUCCAAUCACAGCCGUCUACUGUCCCUGCUUACCCAGAGAUCAACCGUCUAUAUGCAGGUGGGAAUGCAACAAACAUUCAUCAUCUUCGAGCUGCCCCUUUUGAUGAAGGAACAAUCCAAGGAACUUACGGAGUUCAUGAAGAUAUUUGGAUCCGACAGUUGGGUUUCCAAUCCCAGCCACCAAGCGAAGACUUCACAAACCGUCUCUGGUUGGUAUUUGGAGAUCAGAAAACAGCCCAACAUAUCCGUACUCUGAAGGAGGCACAGAAGAAUGCAAUUCUACCUUUUGACAGACGGAGAUGGAUGUUAGGUCCAUCUGGACUAUUCCAUGUCCUUAUGAAUCUAAUACUAACGAUCGUCCGUAUCCAUUUUGAUACGGAGCCUACACUACCGUCGGAUACAAAGCCUUCACUACCAACGGAUGCGAAGCCUUCGGUGCCAUCAGAUGCAACGCUUCUAUCGGAUAUCAUCUACUGGGAUCGAAAAGGAUAUACUCGAGAAUCCCCAAAGUUCUACAUGUUUGACCCUCUGCUCAGGCAAUCAUUUUAUGCUCGUGUCUUAAUGCUAUGGUACCAUGUUCUUACGAGACGAGGACAUAUCCAAAAGGCAUUCCUUGAAGAUACCAGUCCAAGUUCAAAACUGGAUCUAAUUAUCCAGAACCUAGAGCUAGAAGAACUUAUCUCUACAAUGAAAGAGGUCUGUACACUGGCAUUCUCUCCAGAGGCAUGGGACACGACACAAUACGGACUUGAAUUUCGAAGUCUCUGCCGGCUUGUCCAGUUGAUCAGCAUCUUCCUUUCUUUGCGUAAAGCAGUCAAGAAUAGCGACAUCGGCUGGAUUGACCGUUUAAUCGAUCCACUUGCAGUUAUCUUCCACGCAACUGGACAGCACAAGUAUGGUGAUGAAAUGCUCCAUCUUCGUUGGAUAUUAUCUGAAUGCGUUUCAGAGAAGAUUCUCCGCGACGCAAUACUAUCAUCUAGUCUUGUGAAUUUGCAUGGCAAACCAGGCCAGUUUAAGGCUAUUGAUCUAGCCCUUGAACACGUUAAUUGCGCAUACAAGAUUGAUAUGAAGUUAUUAAAGAAUUCAACACAUAAUGCAGACAAAACCUUUGGUAGAGUCGCAUUAUUAAGUAAUGUCUUCUCUAAGAUUCGUGGGGCAUGGGAGAACUCAUUUGGUUUUACCCAAAGCGAUCGACAUACAACCAAAGCUGAUCAACGGGAUAUCUUUAGUCGCGCCCUUCAACUAUAUCUACGCAGUCCUUUGCUCACUAUCCAACCUCGCGAAGCUGUUGGUUGGGACGCACCUGAUAUCUUCCGGAUUGGUGCUGAGGUCUUGGAACAAAAGGUCAAUUCCUUCAACAAUCGGAUACCAGUCCGCUCUAGUGUCAUCCCCCAGACUGAUCCUGAGGACCUUAAUGAAGAGACGGAUUUGAAUCCUCAUAACUCUGAGAUCUCACCAGUAAUUACCUACUCUGAGGCUUGUGAGGAUGGGCUUGUUAAAGAUCAUGACAUUCUUUGACUGCGUUAUCGCUCACUUCAUCUAUACCCCUCGAAGCCCUCCAUAUCGAAAUUGCAG